GUGAGGUGUGUGGGAAGGGCUUCGCCCAAACGGGGAACCUGAAAUCCCACGAGCGCAGGCACACCGGAGAGAGACCGUUCUCCUGCUCCUUCUGUGGGAAGACCUUUGUAGAGUCUGGCCAUCUGAAGAAGCACCAGCGUAUCCAUACAGGAGAGAAGCCGUACCACUGCAGCAGCUGCCCCAUGAAGUUCCCUUCCUCCAGCGAGCUCAGGGUCCAUGAGAAGAUCCACAGCCAGGAGAAACCUCACAGCUGUUCCUACUGCGACAAGGCAUUCAAACAGCUGUCCAACCUCAAGCUCCACCAGAGAAUACACUCUGACCAGAAGCCUUACGCCUGCUCCUACUGCGACAAGACCUUCCGUGCUCAGGGGACCUUAAAGGUGCACCUGAGGACUCACACAGGAGAGAGGCCUUACCCCUGCUCCGACUGUGACAAGCGUUUCAUCACGUCCUCAGAGUUGAAGGUGCACCAGAGGAUUCACACGGGAGAGAAGCCCUUCUACUGCUACGACUGUGGGAAGAGUUACUAUCAGCUGAAGCAGCUGAAGGAACAUAUGAAGUUCAACCCGACCACAGCACCACACGUAGCGGACUCAGUAACAUAG